AUGCUUUCUUACGUUUCUUCCUCUUGCCCUCAGAGUCAAUCUGCAGCGAUCGAUGCCACGGCCUUAGCAUUGCCACCUUGUUCAAGUUUGACACCGUUGUCUCUGAAAGAUCAUGAGACUUUCUUGCUUCUGCAGCCAUCCCACCGCUCUCAAAAGAUAUGGACUGCAGAACUCGACCGAGCACAGCUUGAGCGGAAGAUGGUUUCACUCAACGUCUGGCAUGACCUUCCCAUUUUCAGAGGUCGCGUCAAUCCUGCAGCAGCAGAUUGGAUUGAGAGGUGGGCGAUCGAUGACCCAUCUCCUUUGCUGGCAGUGUUGCCCGCUGAAGCAGAAACCUCACUUGCAAGCGACGGAGAUGCACUAACACCAUUUGCAAUCAUGUCGGUGGCCAUGGAUGCCUUCGCUCAGGCUGCUCCGCCUGUUGUGGAAGUGGAGGCUGAUACCCAAUUGGCACUUUGGGAUGCACAACAGGCUGCAAGAUGCAUGCAUCCACUUUCGGGACCUGCGAUAACUGUGGCGUCUGUUGGCCAAGAUACACAAGCAGAUCUUGAUGCUGCCGAUGGUUACCAGGACGCAUAUCUCGAACCCCUCAGGAUAUUCGACGCUGUCAUUGGAGAGAUCGUACAUCCAUAUGCAAAGAUGGCACUGGGCGCGUUGUCAUGCACUGCCAAAGACCAAGCUGUCAAAGCCACCGAGGCGCAUGCACUGGAAGCUGAAGUUGCCCGGCUGUGUAUGAUGAAGGAAGCACUCCAUGGAGAGAUCAAGACAUUGCGCACUGGCAGCGAAAGCAGUGAGCGGUACAUCUAUUUCUCACCUUUCCUUCCACUUCAGCCUCCGCCUACUGGUAUUCUUUCUGUGUACUUUUCUUAUACUUAUGUGUACACGUAUCAACAGCGUCAGAUCUCUAACAUAGCUCUGUAA